UCAGCGGACGAGCGCCAAAACAUUGUACAGUCAGUGGAGCUUUAGUUCAACAGUGCGGUCCUGCGGGUUUAACAUGUAGUAUAUUUCUCAACGCUUUAAGAAACAUUAGACAGCUGGUCCUGAAAUUGUAUAAGAACAAACACUAAAGCACUAAAUCGUUUUGCACAAGAUCGAAGACACUGAUAGCAUCCGUUAUUUUUAUUAUAUGUGACACGGUGCGAGGCUUAUUUCGUUUAAAACCAACAAUAAGGAGUUUGUUUGUUCUGAAUCAUAAUGGGUACGAAGGCAUUUUCACGUCAGUACAUCUUCAUAUGAGAGGUGGCGGCCUUUCAGACAUAGGCGUUGUUGCUCAUUAAUCGUAAAUGUCCACAAUGCAUUAAUACAAAGAUACUGCACGGCUUUCCCCGUGACCCUGUCAGAGCUAGACUUUGGCUGUUAAAUGUCACGUAUGGGAAAUAUCUGUGAAUCUUAUUCUAAAACUAGACGCACGCGGUGCCAACUUUUAUCACAACAGCUCAGAGUUAUACCCAAGCAACGGCUUCUGGUAGCACUUUAAUUGGAAAAAGGAUUACUCAAGCAACAAAACGAUAGAGAUGCCUCCAAGGAUAGCAAGACGUUGUGCAGUGCCAAGCUGUGGGAAAACACAGUCUUUGCAUUGCCUUCCUUGUGAUCCUAACAUUAGGAAAGAGUGGAUGAAUUUUAUUUUGGAUGCAGUUCCAGAUCACGUCAAUAAGACACUGUUUAUUUGUUCACUUCAUUUUACUGCGGAUUCAUUUUUAAACAAGUCACAGUUUGAUGCAGGCUUUUCAGAGAGACUGAAAAUUAAAAACGAUGCAGUGCCGACUAUAUUGGAUCCGACAGUAAUGUCGCAACACACAAGUCCCAAGACAAGUCGUGAAAUGGGAUGCCAGACGGAGGAGCCCAACACCAGAGACGGAGAAUGCCAAACCAUCCAAGACUUGAAGCAGCGCGGCUGGAAAGUAGAACCAAAGAUUGAAACCCCAGAACAGCCAGCGAAACAGCAGGAAAUGGCUGCCUUGGACGUGGACAGCAGUCAGAGCGACUUUCUGCAGCCGGCCAGCGGCGCCCAGGACCAGCAGACCACAGACCUCACGACCAUCCAGUUGACGGGCUCCUCUGAUCGCUGGGAAGUUUUAACGCCUGUGAGCUCAGUGAAAGACGAGCCAGCAGUAGUGCAGGUACCCAGUGGAGGACUUCUGGGCAGCAACGGGCAAUAUGUGGUGCCACUACAGACUAUGGCAGGGCAGACCCAGCCCGUUUUUGUAACUGCGGGGGUAGAUGGCACCGGUGCCAAUGGGGUGCAGUAUCAGGUCAUCCCUCAGCUGCAGGGGACGGAUGGGGUAUCACUAAGCUAUGCAGCACCCACUGCAGACGGAAGCACGCUGGGUACUGACAUUACUAUCCUUCCAGAUGGGACGCAGGGCAUUGCUACAGCCACCAAUGCUAAUGACCUCCAGGGCCUGCUGAGUCAAAGUGGGCACGUGCAGCAGAUUCCCACGGUCUCACUGGCCGGCUCAGGGUUUGGCGCACAGGGCCAGGUUGUCGCUAAUGUACCGGUGGGGCUGCCGGGCAACAUCACAUUAGUGCCGAUAAAUAGCUUGAGUAACGUGGAUCUCGAGUCUUUGGGGUUGGCUGGUGCUCAGACCAUAGCGACAAGCAUUACUGCAGAUGGCCAGCUCAUCAUGACUGGUCCCACCACAUCGGCAAGCGAUAACCAGGGUGACAGCAAAUGCACAGAGCCACUUAAUGCCAAUGACGCUAACGCUAAUGCCUUUGUGCCAACCACCACCUCUUCCACGACGACGUCACUCCCUGAGACGAUAGACGGGACUGGCGUUCUCACUCAAGCCACUGCUGUAUCAGCCGGGCACCAGGAUCCAUCUUACAUCCAGCAUAACCACACGGCUGGCGGUGAUCCGGUGGUGCAGCUCUUACCAGCCCAGACGGCGGAUGGAGCGGCGCAGACACUACAAAGCGUGCAGCUGUUGAAUGCUGGGACGUUUCUGAUCCAAGCCCAAACCGUCUCUCCCACCGGCCAGAUCCAGUGGCAGACCUUCCAAGUUCAAGGGGUUCAGAACCUGCAGAAUCUACAGCUGCCAGCUGCUAGUGGGGUCUCAUCGCCCCAAAUUACCCUUGCCCCUGUGCAGACCCUUUCUCUUGGGCAAACUGGCACCACAGGUGCAGUGGGACAGAUCCCGAACCUUCAGACAGUUACAGUCAAUUCUGUUGGUCAGUACCAGCAAGACGAGACGGAAAGCCACACAGAUAUUCAAAUUAAAGAGGAGCCAGAGUCUGACGAUUGGCCAAAUUCCACCCUGAACACCAAUGAUUUGUCGCAUCUGCGUGUGCGGUUGGUUGAGGAGGAUAAGGAGGGGACAGGCCUAGAGGGAAAGAGACUACGUAGAGUAGCCUGCACUUGUCCCAACUGCAAAGAGGCUGGAGGAAGAGGUUCAAGUAUGGGAAAGAAGAAACAACACAUUUGUCAUAUCCCAGGGUGUGGUAAGGUGUACGGUAAGACGUCUCACCUCAGAGCUCACCUGCGCUGGCAUUCAGGAGAGAGACCCUUCAUUUGCUCGUGGAGUUACUGUGGCAAGAGAUUCACCCGCAGCGACGAACUCCAGCGUCACCGCAGAACACACACAGGAGAGAAGAAGUUUGUGUGCCCAGAGUGCUCGAAACGUUUCAUGCGCAGCGACCAUUUGGCCAAACACAUUAAAACUCACCAGAAUAAAAAAGGGCUAAACUCCAACACUGGGGCAGGUCAGACAGAAGUUGCCACCCCCUCGGACACCAUCAUCACCGGGGGUGGAGCCACUCUCAUCCUCACCAAUCUGCAACAGGCUGGCACCCAGGACCUUCUUUCAAACUCCGACCUCCCGCUCCAGUUGGUCACUGUGUCUGCCAGCGAGGUCAUGGAGUGACCAGAAUCACGCCCACUUUCACAGCUCGUCUGCUUUUCACUAUCAAUUUUUAUAUAUAUGAUAAAAAAUAUAUAUAUAUAUAUUAUAAAUAUAUAUAUUUUAAAAAUGACUUAUCCAUUUAUGUUCAAUAGCAGUCUUUUGUACAAACAAGGCAAAAAAUGACAUUAAAUGUGGUUCCAGUUUCUAUUGAGAGACACACACACGCGUGCAAGCAUCUACAUGCUCAUAUGAACUUGCUCUCAUACACAAGUACAUACACGGAAAUGCCUUAUUUUGUAUCAUAAUCUGUAGUAUAAAAUGCUGGAGUUGCAUGUGUUUUUACUUUUGCUCAUGUAUAUGUUCAGGGGACGAUCAUUAGAGUGUGAUUGUGUAAUGGAAGUUAUGGUACACGGAAAGCCGGGAUGUGUGUGUGUGUGAGUGAGUGUGAGUGAGUGAGUGGGUGUGAGUGAUUACAGUGAGACUGUUCUGUGAGAAUGACAGCAGGAGAAGGACACAGUCUGCUUUGAGGGAGACUUACUCAUGAUCUGUCCAUUUUUAUCCUCCCUCUCGGCUGGCCUUCGUCCAAAUGUGUCUUCACUCUUGCUUUUACUUUUAUUUGAUGUCAUGUUAGUGGUCUUUGCGCUCUCGGUCACAUGUCCUCUGGAUCUUGUUCGAGGAUCUUCUGAUUUCAUUGUUCUGCUGCCCACAUGCAACUCGAACAAGACAUCAGGUGGCAGAGUAAAACAAUCGUGUAAUAAACUUUCUUUUUCUUGUAUCGAUGCUCUUAUUGCUCUCCAGAUUAUCCCUGUAACAUUCAUAAUGUAUCUUCCAUUUCUUUUUGUUUUCUUCAGCCCCAAGCUGUUUAUAGCCACAAUUUAUGUAGUCUAAUACUGAUUCUGUUGUAUCAAAGACUCCUCGUUUUGAUUACUUUUUAAACGUGUAAAAUUUGAUGUUACUUUUGUACAACUUUUUUUUUUUUUUUUUUUUUUUUCAAAUGCAACACAAUUAAAGUCGGAAACCUUCCUAUGACUCUUCAUAACUAAAAGUUUUGUUUCUAAAUGCUUCAAAUUACUGGUGUUGGUAUGUAUGUAUGAACUUAAUGAGAAAAUUAAACCUAUGCCCAAAUACCUCAAAAUACUGGCUAUUAAAAAUAGCAUACUGCCAUACAACUAUUCCCAUUGUUUAUAGUAUGUAUACUGUGCAGAGUAUGUGGAUGACAGAAUGCCUGGAUGCCUUAUUUUGCAGAAACUUCAAUGCACCCACAAUGCAAUGUGUUCAACUUAAUCUUAUUUUUAAAAUCUGUCAUUUAAAAAGUCCCAGAAGUAUUUUUUUUUUUUUUUUUUUACAUUUCAACACGGCUGGACACAUUUUUAUGAAAUUAAUGAUUAAAUGCAAAAGAAUUGUUUUUAUCUCUGAGAUACCUGGACCCCUUUCACUGAAUUAAACAUUGAUGAAGCAUA